AUGCAGCUGCGCCUCUCCUUGCUGCUGCUGUCCUUGGGCGGGUCUCAGGCUCAGGCACCCAGGUACAAGGUGCAGGUGCAGAGCCCGGUGAAGGUGCAGGAAGGGCUGUGGGUCCUCGUGCCCUGCUCCUUCUCCUACCCCAGCCAGGAGGCAGGUCUGGAUUCCUCCCCAGCUCAUGGCUACUGGUUCACACAAGGAACCAAUACAAAUACCAGGGAACCCGUGGCUUCCACCAACCCAGCUCAACCCGUGCAAGCCUUGAUCCAGGGUCGAUUCCAGCUGAGAUGCCAGGAGAGACGACCAGAUUUCUUCCGAGUGGAGAAGGGAGAGAAGCUGAAAUACAAUUUCCAGGCAGACAAGUUCCAGCUGCAAGUGACAACCCUAAAUCAGCCACGCAUCUUCAUUCCUGAGACCCUGGAGCCUGGGCGGGCAGUGACCAUCAUCUGCAUGGUUCCCUGUACCUCUCAGCAAUGUGUGGCUCCUUCCAUCUCCUGGUCAGGGCCUGCCCUCUCCAGCACUGAGAGCAGACCCCAGACCUCCUUCCUGUCAGCAAUCAGCCUCAUACCACACCCGAGUGAUCACGGCACCCAGCUUACCUGCCGAGCGGACUUCAGAGCUGGCAACACUGUGGAGAACACUGUCCGGCUGAGUGUGGCCUGCGCCCCCAGAGACCUGGUGAUCACAAUUUUGCGUGACAAUGCCCAAGAGUCUGAAGGAAACACAAUGUUCAUGGACGUCCGUAAAGACCAAUUUCUGUGGCUGCUCUGCACUGCGGCUGGCUGGCCUCCCCCCAUGCUGACCUGGGUCCUGGGGAACCGAGUCCUCUUGAGGUCAAAUGCCACGCAGCCUGGAGCCCUGGUGCUGGAUCUGCCUGGGGUGAAGGUCAGGGAUGCAGGGCGUUACACCUGCCACACAGAGAACAGACUAGGCUCCCUGCACCACUCCCUGGACCUCUCUGUGCAGUACCCUCCGGAGGUGCUGACAGUGACCGCUUCUCAAGGAAACAGCACAGAGCUGGAAAUCCACAGGAACGGCUCAUCCCUCCAUGUCCUGCAAGGACAAAGCCUGCGCUUGGUCUGUGUCACCCAUAGCCACCCGUCUGCCACACUGAGCUGGGCCCGGGGUUCCCAGACGCUGAGCCCCCCCUGGCCCACAGAGCCUGGGGUGCUGGAGCUGCCCGUGGUAGAGGCAGAACAUGAAGGAGAAUUCACCUGCCUGGCGCAGAACCCGCUGGGUGACCUGCACAUGUCCCUGAGCCUCUCUGUGCACUAUGAAGGCUCCAUCCCUGCAGCAUUCUCCAAGCGGGCAGGCCUGGGCAUCGGUGUCACGACUCUCCUUUUCCUCUGCCUCAUCGUGCUCAUUGUGAAGAUGCUGAGGAAAUCACAGCCUCAUACAGAGACAUGCAGAACCCAGGUCUCCAGGCACAGCACCGUCCUUGAUAACAGCAUCGUCAACCCUAAGGCCCAUGCCAUGAAAAAGAAGGCCAAGCCAAGCAGCCAUCCCAGGAUUGCUUCUCCAGGCGCUGGCUCCCCAGAACCAAGGAAGAACCAGAAGGCCACCCUCAGCUGCCAGAAGCCAACAUCACCCACACAAGGCCCAGACCCUGAGAGCUGCCCAGAAGAACUCCAUUAUGCUGCAUUCAAAUUCUCCCGGCCUUUGGAGACCCCGAAGCCCAAGGACCAUGAGGAGAAUUACGCAGAAAUCCAUUUCCACAGAAGGUCCCCUAGGCUGUAG